AUGCCCACCGCCUUCCUCAGCAGAGCCCUGCCCAGAGGCAGCACUACCAGUAUCAGCAGUCUCCGGCACGCAGCCCGCAUCACCCCAAUACCCAUCUCAAACACCUUCGCAUACCGCACCCCCACCACAUCAUCCACCUCCCAUCCACCCGGGGCCCUAGCCACAGCCCGCUCCCUAGACCACGUCGUCCUAACCGUGUCCUCCCUCCGCGCCACCAUCGACUUCUACACGCAGACCCUGGGGAUGAAGCACAGCACCUUUCCCAGCACCCCCCAAUCUCAAACCCCCUCCUCUUCCUCCUCAUCACAAUCCACCACAUCCACCCCCAACCGCCACGCCCUCCACUUCGGCCUCCAAAAAAUAAACCUGCACGAAGCGGGCCACGAAUUCGAGCCCAAGGCGCAGGCCGCGCUACCAGGCACAGCGGACCUGUGCUUCCUGGUCGACGAGGACGUGGACGGGGUGCGGGACCGGCUGCGGCGGCGGGGGGUCGAGGUGCUGGAGGGCGGGGAGGUGGUGCGGCGGACGGGGGCGAGGGGGGCGCUGCGGAGUGUGUAUGUGCGGGAUCCGGAUGGGAAUUUGAUCGAGCUUUCCAAUGAGAUGGGGCAGGAAAGUGGUAGCGGUGUCGGUGGAAGUGGAAGAGGUGGUGUCGGUGUUGGUGGGGAUGAUGCAGUGCCGACACCUUCAUGA